AUGGCGGCGGCGCGGAGCACGGCGCGGCGGCAGGCCACGGCGCGGCGGCUGGCGCGGUUCGCCGCGCUCAGAGGUGAAACCGUGCGCCCGGGGCAGUUCUGGGACGUGGUCGCCAUCACUGCCGCCGACGCGGCGCAGGAGCUCGCCUACCGGCAGCAGCUGGCCGAAAAGCUGAGCAGAAAGGAGCUUCCUCUCGGGGUCCGCUACCACGUGUUUGCGGAUCCCCCUGGACCGAAAAUCGGAAAUGGUGGUUCAACACUUCACGUUCUUCAGUGCUUGCAAAACCUCUAUGGUGAUACAUGGACUUCUUUUAUUGUGCUGUUAAUUCAUUCUGGUGGUUAUAGUCAACGUUUACCAAGUGCAAGUGCACUGGGAAAAAUUUUCACAGCUUUGCCUUUUGGUAAUCCUGUUUACCAGAUGUUGGAGCUGAAGCUUGCAAUGUAUAUUGAUUUCCCCAGUCACAUGAAGCCAGGAAUUCUCAUUACUUGUUCAGAUGACAUAGAACUUUACAGCAUUGGAAUAACAGAAACCAUCACAUUUGAUAAACCUGGAUUUACUGCUUUAGCUCAUCCUUCAGAUUUGGCAAUUGGGACCACUCAUGGAGUGUUUGUUUUAGAUCCAGCCAGUUUUUCAGGAAACAGAGGACUUGAAUACAGAUCUUGCCAUUGUUUCCUGCACAAGCCUGACAUUGAGAAGAUGCACCAGUGUGGUGCAGUAUGCAUAAGAGGAAAUUGUUCUAUGCUAAGUUCCUCUGGAGACCACAGUGACUCAGAAAUGAACUCAGAGUUUGUGUAUACAGACAGCAUAUUUUACAUUGAUCAUAACACUGCAGAAAUAUUACUGGCAUUUUAUAAGCAGAUAGAUACUCUUUGCUGUGAAAUAGAUGCAUAUGGUGACUUCCUCCAGGCACUGGGACCUGGAGCCACUCAAGAUUACACAAAAAAUACAAGUAAUGUUACAAAAGAGGAAUCACAGUUAGUAGAAGUAAGACAGAAGCUAUACUCUCUUCUCAAAGGAACUGCACUCAAUGUUAUAGUAUUAAACAAUUCCAAGUUCUAUCAUAUAGGGACUACUCAAGAGUAUUUGUUUCAUUUUACAUCUGAUAGCAAACUGAAAUUUGAGCUUGACUUACUGUCUGUAGCUUCUAGCAUCUUUUCUGACAAAGCCGAGACCUGCGAUCCAUCAGCAAGUAUCAUUCAAAGUAUACUUGAGCCUGGAUGUUUUGUAGGACCUGGAACCAUUAUUGAAUACUCCAGAAUUGGACCUGAAGUAAUAGUAGGGAGUAAUAGCAUUAUUAGUGGGACAUACAUAAAUUUGAAGGUAGAUAUACCCUCAGACUGUUUUCUGAGUUCACUGAGUAUAAAGAUGAACGAUCAAGUAAAGUAUGCAAGUAUGGUGUUUAGUGUACAAGAUAACUUGAAAAAGAAUGUGAAAUUGUUGUCAGAUGUACAUUCUCUGCAGUUUUUUGGAGUCAGCUUACUAGAAUGCUUGGAUCUCUGGGAUUUAAAGGUUUCACACCAGCUCUUCUCCAGUGAUAACACAAAUUUUGGAUUGUGGACUGCUAGGAUUUUUCCUGUUUGUUCUACUUUAAGUGAAUCAGUUAGAAUGUCAUUAAAACUAUUAAAUUCUGUGCAGCACAUGUCAGCUUUCAAACUGAGUGACUUUAAGCUCUUAUCUGUUGAAGAAAUGCUGACCUACAAAGAUGUAGAAGACAUGCUGAAGUUUAGGAAACAAAUUUAUGAAGAAAUUUGUCUACAAAGACAAAAAGAGAAAUCUAAUUUGUAGAAGACCAGUAUUUGUAUACUUUUCCUGUCUUCAGUUUCUGGAUGAUUGAUUACUUUCAAGCUUGUAGAAGCACAAAGAGACAAUACACAGAUCUUCCCUGGUUUCACUGAAGUAGAAAUAAUGAAAUUGCAUGAACAGCAUUGUUAUAGCAUAACAUUAAUAAUGCAGAAAAUGCAGAUAAAGUAUUCCUUUGAUAAAAAAAGUAAUGAAAUAUUUCAAAUCAAUGGAAAUACUAAUUGGUGGCUUUUUUCAGGAUGCCCAUUAUGUUUUCUAGUCUUUGUCAGUAAGAAAACGAUAGAGAACAUAUUAAUUAGAAAUUUGAUUGAAAACUGCUUUAAAGUUUUUCAGAGUAGGGUAUUAGCUCCAACAAAAUAGUGCGAUGUAGUACAAGUUAUAUUCCUCUCUUUUCAUGUCAUCUUUUUUAAAUUAGUGUUUUAAAUAGGUAGAGAUAAUUUUUUGGUUUUCAGGAAGAGGGACAUUACUAUAAAACUAAUAUCCUUUCAAACAUUUGUCAUUCUUUUUUAAUUGUAUUUUUAUAAAAAAUUGUUUCAAAUAUGUU